GAGCGGCUUGGGGCUGCUGCGCAGACGCGCCGACUAGCUCUUCACGUCCUUCCUUCCUCUCUCCCCCUUUCCCAGCUCCCUCCCCCGGCCCCGGCCCAACUGGUCCUUCUGCGCUUUCCGUGGUGCUGCCGCUACUGCCGCCGUCUCCCCAGCCACAGGAGAUGGAGAGGAAGACGAGGUCCUCGCGAUCCGGUGGUCGGCGGUUCUUACCCGAAACUAUAAUUGAGGGGAAAAUGAAAAAGUCUUCAUCUUCAAAUUCCUGUGAGUUCCGAAUACCAAAGAAAUCAAAAUCAAAGCAAGAAGAUACUCAGAUUCAGACACCUCUGUCAAGACUAAGAAGCUCUGACCGAUGGGACCACCCUUUGAAGGGGUGGAUAAAGGGGGGAGGAAAUAAAGGCAGCAGCUCUUUUUUGCAUAAGAGUAAAAAGGAUUUCCAUGGGUGUACUCUCACUUCUAGGCCAUCUCCAAACAGGCAACUCAAAGUUAUGUUGACGAAUGUCCUAUUGACGGAUUCAGGACGAAAAUACAUUAAGAAUCUUCCUAGAACUGAUGCUAAUUUAUGUGAUACCAAGAAGUUGCAAUCAGACUCACUGCCUUCAACAUCUGUUGACAGUCUAGCGAUACAUAAAAAGUUAAAUCCUCUUCACCAAAGCCUUUAUUUGUCUGAAAGGCAACCCAAAAUUAUAUUGAUGAAUGUCCUGGGAACGGAGUUAGGAAGAAAAUACAUAAAGACCCUCCCUCUAACUGAGACUAAUUUGUGUGAAACUGACAACAUGCAAUCAAAUCAACUUCCUUCAUCAUCUGUUGACAACCUAAAAUCUUGUCAAAAGCUAGAACCUCACAAGAACCCUUUUUUACCUGAAAGGUGUUCACAAUCCCAGAAGAAUCCAAGUGAUAGUUUUGCAAAGCAAGGUGAGCUGACUAAAGAAAAAGAAAGAAGUGAUGCUAGUUCUCUUGCAAGAUGGUCUGAUACUGAACCUAAAGACUUUAAUCGUGGAAAUAGAGAUCAUGACCAUCAAGAAGAGGAGAGCAGAAACCAAGAAGACAUGUAUUCUAAUUCAAAAGGGGUCCCUUAUUCAACAACCAAGAAGACAAAGAAAAGACAUAGAAGUCAUGUCCUUGAAUAUAGUAAUGUUCCUUCUCUGGAGGAAUCAACAUUGCAGUCAAAAGAACAAGAACAUGAUUCAUUGCCUUCUGAAUGUGGAGAUCCGAAUGAAAAUGACUAUUUGCAUGAUCUUAAAGCCUUACAAGGAAAUACUCUAGAGACAGUGGAAAUUGGUUUUAUGAAGUCUCCCUCUUUUGAGACCCAGGAGGUUAUUGUAGGUUGUGCCCAGAACAGCUUUUCUGACUCUUCAGCCACCAGCACAUUUCAGAAUCUGAACCCUAUUUGCAGUGAUGCUCUGGAGAUUUCUUCCAUUGUUGAUAAUGUCAGUAUGUUGGUGACAGAGGCAGAAGUUCCUGUUCUAAGAAAAUUGCGGAGCAGAAAAUAUGAAGAGAAACAAUUAUUUGUCUCUGUUGAACCAAUUGUUGUUUCCAGUGAUGAAGAAGGGCCUUUUGAACACAAUUCAGACACACUUAAUUUACAACCUGAACAAGACUAUGAGCUUGUCAUUAAAGAUGAGGAAGGAGUAUCUGAGUUGGAUUUGUCAGAAGAAACACUUAUGACAGCAUCUAAAUCUUCACAGGUUUCACCAAAUGUAUUUCCAGGAAGUCUUGUCAUGGACAAUUUUUCUUGUAUUAUACCUAGUGAUGAGGUGGAUCUACACUUGGAUAUUACAUUUACCUCUAUUUAUAUUGGCAGUAUAAGAGGAGUUUCUAGUGGUUAUGUUACUUUCACAACAAAGUACAUAAAGAUUCCAUUUCAAGUGUCUCUGAAUAAGAUUUCAUUGUUAGUGGAUACCAUUCAUUUAAAGAAGUUUGGCUUGUGGACACAUAAAGACGACAACCACUGUAAAAGGAGAAAUUCUAUCAUUUUCCUCUGGACAUCUUCAGAUUAUCUAGAAAUGAUUGAAAACCAACUUGGGAAAUCUGUUUUAAGGCAGCUAUCUAAAUCUGAUGAAUUCAUAUUCCUUGAGUUGAGCAAACCAGCUUCAGAAGAGGAGGAAGAUAAACUGAAUGAGGUGAUGGCAGAAGUGAGCAGGAAAACGAGAUCGUUAGACCUUUGUCAUCCACUGCCUUGGAACCAGGCUCUUUCUUUGCUUCAAGGCUUAUCUGCAAAAGAAAGCUCUUUUAUCGAUUAUUAUUGUUCUUCCUCAAAAUACUGCCAUAAUCCAGUAGCUGCUGUUGAAACAAAGGCAGAAUCUCCUCCUCAGGCCUCAACUGCCAAUAUAACCAAGCCUAGCUAUACUCUCUUGCAGAAGAGGGGUAGUGGUUGCUAUUCACUUUCUAUUACAUCAAAUCCAGAUGAUAAUGAGUGGAAAGAAGUAAAAAACACUGGACCAAUUAAAAAGUUGAUUGUAUAUCCCCCACCACCUACAAAAGGAGGAUUAGGAGUUACUAAUGAAGACCUAGAGUGCUUAGAAGAUGGAGAAUUUCUUAAUGAUGUUAUCAUUGAUUUCUAUCUUAAAUAUCUUAUAUUGGAGAAAGCAUCAGAUGAACUUGUUGAACGAAGCCACAUUUUUAGCAGCUUCUUUUACAAAUGCCUGACUAGAAAAGAAAAUAAUUCAAUAGAAGAAAAUCCAAAUCUUUCAAUGGCUCAAAGAAGACAUAAAAGAGUACGUACAUGGACUCGUCAUAUAAACAUCUUUAAUAAAGAUUACAUCUUUGUACCUGUAAAUGAGGCAUCUCAUUGGUAUCUUGCAGUCAUUUGUUUUCCAUGGUUAGAAGGACCUGUGUAUGAAGAUUUUCCACACCAGUCAUCUCAGCAAUCCAAGUCUCAUGACUUUGAAACUCCCCUGGAUAACGAUCUACAUAUUACUUCCUCACUCUCCUUAGAUACAGAGGAUCCCCAGGGUACCCUCAAGACUACACCAGAAUCAAAGAAAAUGUGCAAAAGACCAUGCAUUCUCAUAUUAGAUUCCUUGAAAGCUGGUUCUGUACAAAAUACAGUUCAGAUUUUGAGAGAAUACUUGGAAGUAGAAUGGGAAGUUAGAAGAAAAACACAUCGUGAAUUCAGCAAAACAAAUAUGGUUGACUUGUGUCCUAAAGUUCCUAAGCAAGAUAAUAGCAGUGAUUGUGGAGUAUAUUUACUACAAUAUGUGGAAAGCUUCUUCAAGGAUCCUAUUAUUAAUUUUGAAUUACCCCUGCACUUGGAGAAAUGGUUUCCUCGUCAGGUGAUAAGGGCCAAGCGGGAUGAUAUUCGGGAACUGAUUCUGAAACUUCAUUUACAGCAACAGAAGGGCAAUAAUAGUUAAUUCAUCAUUAAUGGAUGUGGAACUGGUGUUUUAAGAGAUUACUGGAAAGCUAUAUACCAGCAUUUGUGCUAUCCUGCUUGCAAAGAAGAAAACACCUUGUGAUUAUUUUGUAAAUUGUUCAAAAUUAUUUAAAUUGUAUAAUUAAUUGAUUUUGUUUGGAUCUGAUAGAUGGGGAUAAAGGGGUGGAUAGGGGGAGAAUGUAGAUAAAGUUGUUAGGUUGAAAUUAAAAUUUGAUAAAUAUUUCAUAUUUUUUUUCAGUGAAUAUGCUUGAACUAUGCAAUCAACAUAUGUGAUGUGAGAAUGUUUUAAUAAGUGAUUAAAAACACCAACAACAAACCACUAUAUGGUUUUAACCUGCACAAGAUUUUGGGCACAGGACCACUUACUCCUUUGGUACCAAACCCAUCCUUGGCAAGUCACUUCACAUUGCAGCUUCUUUUUUUUUUUUUUUUUUUUUUUGCAACUCAAGCAUGCCCUAUGAAUACUGUGUAUUUUAAAACAAUUAUUGUUGAAUGCCAUUUAUGGCAUUACUUCUGUAUAAUAUAAAAUAAAAAGCUCUUAAUGUGAGGUGGUAAAAACCUACUCAAACAUCAUGUACUUGGUCAAUUCCCUAGUUAGGUAAUAAUUCCAUUCUGCUUUAGUUGCAACAGUUUUUUUCUUUCAGCUACUUAAAGAGAUUGGGGAAUAAGCAGUUUUUUAUUUAGGGUGAAAUUGUGAAAAAACUUAAGAAUUAUAGUUUUUUCUUUUAAAUGUGAAUUCAUUUUUCUUUUUAAAAUUGGAAAAUUAGUUUGGCUUUUAAGAAACACAAUCUGAAUACUUUUUAAAAACAUUAUAUUCAUUGAUACCUUUGUAAAAUAAGAUAGAAAUACUUACUCAUUCAUUGUAUGAGUAUACACACCCCAUUAUUGAAAAAGAGAACUCACUUUUAUGAAGAUAAAAUUGUUCUCAUUUGCUUUCUAUAUGCUUAGAACUUUAACAAGCUAAGUAUUCACAUUUGUCCAGACUUACUCAUUAGUUUAUUAGAACUCAAUAUGCAUUUUAAAAAUCUAUCUACCGAACUUUUUUUUGCCAAUAAAGCAAAAAUUGUUUUCAUCCUUUUAAUAUAAUAUUUUUUCUUCCCCAGAGGCUUUCCUAGGAGAGCUUAGUUCUUCAGUACAUAUUCAGGCAAAAUUUUACUGAAUUUUUGUGAUCCUGAUGGGAUUAUAUCUGACUAGACUUCAUGACUAUCUGUUAAAUAUAAUUCACUCUGAUAUUAUCAGAAAUAUUCUGAGGAAGACAGAUAAUCAUAUUCCAUUUUCUCAGAUAAGAACUUUUUGUAAGAAUAUAAUUUUAAUCUCCCAACUCAGAUUUCUCUUGGAUUUUUAUCAUAAUUGGAAGGAAGGAAAACUGAAGCCAUUAGAGGUGAGACAGAAAGGUCAAACAGUUUAUUCUAAGUAAUAUGGUUAAGGUUGUGAUGUCUCAGUGACCUUUGGCUUUUUUUAAUUUUGUCACCACUUUUAUAUUGUUAAAAAUAUUUGUCUUUUGGAGAUCUAUUAUAAGGAGGAAUAUAAUUAUAUGUCAUUCCCAAUUUGUGGGGCAAUUUUUCUAGGUGACUUAAUUAUUUUGUAUAUCUUAUUUUGAAUAUAGCAAGUACAGAAAUCUUCUUGUGCUUUCUUAGUAUUUUCAUUUGUACAUUUUUCAAAGAUACCACUGUCAUUAUUUUUGAAGAUUUGUUAAAAUAACUUACCCUUCCCCUACCAAUUGAUGAUGGAAAUAUUGUGUUUUGAGAAUGAUUAAUAGUGUGUUUGAUAUUAAACACGUUUUUAAAUUCAUCAAAUAAAUGUGGUUUUUUUAAAGUAA